AUGCCGGUUUCUACUGUAAGAAGUAUGUGGGGGGAGGAUGAUAUGGAUUUUUCUUUUUCAAGAUCGGAGGGCUUUUCAGGGGGUUUGUUGUCCAUUUGGAGAACCGGUUCGGUUACUGUUUUGGCUAGCUUUUGUGGCCCGGGAUAUCUCGGAUCGAAACUUUUGUGGAAAGGAGCUUGUUACUAUAUUGUCAAUGUGUACUCUUCAUGCUCCAUGUCUCUUAAACGUGUCUUAUGGUCCCGUUUGGUGGAGUUGAAAAAUAAGUAUCAAGAUGGGGAGUGGAUAAUAGGGGGCGAUUUUAACGCGGUGAUGAAGAGAAGUGAGAGAAGUGGUAUUUCUUCUAGAAGCGGCAAUUUAGAAAGGGAGGGAUUCGCGGACUUCAUUGAGGAUAUCGGUCUUGUUGAUGUUCCUUGCAAAGGGAAGCGGUUCUCGUGGUUUAGCGGGGAUGGAAAAUCUAAAAGUAGAAUUGAUCGUUUUCUUGUUUCCGAUAACAUCAUAUCUAAUUGGGGGGUGGUUGGCCAAUGGAUAGGUAGUCGUGAUGUUUCCGAUCAUUGUCCGGUGUGGUUGAUGGAAUGGGAGGAAAUAAUUGUUGUUGGGAGAGGUGAUUUUGUUUUGAAGGAGAAAUUCCGUUUAAUAAAAGAAAGAUUGAGAUGGUGGGAAAAAAAUGUAUUUGGUAAAAUUGACUUGGAGAUUGAAGAGAAUGUGAAGGUCUUGAACGAGUGGGACGAUAGGGAUUAUUGGGAGGAAGAAGUCCACCUUAACAAGGUAAAAGCUUCAAAGAACAUUUGGUUUAAUCUCAAACUAAAGGAGAAUAUGCUUAUUCAAAAAAGUAGAUUGAGGUGGCUAAAUGAUGGGGAUGAUAAUAGUAGAUUCUUCCAUAAUGCCGUGAAAGAGAGGAGGCGUAGGAACCGGAUUGGCUCGUUGAAUACUAGUGAUGGAGUUGUUAAUUCGGUUAAAGAGGUGAAGGAUGCGGUGAAGGCUCAUUUUGAAAGCAAAUUCAAAGAGGAUUGUUUGGAGAGACCUUUGUUGGAUGGAAUUGCUUUUAACUCUUUGAGUGAGGAGCAAUCUUUAUCUAUUGAGGUUCCUUUUCCUUAG